GCCCCUUCUCCCCCCCCCCCGCAGCCAUGGCCGAAGAGCCGCUCGAGGUGUUGGUCAAAACCCUCGACUCGCAGACCCGCAGCUUCCAGGUGGAACCGGAGAUCUCAGUGCGUGAGUUCAAGGAGCGAAUUGCGGGCGCCGUCAGCAUCGCGGCCGAGAAGCAGCGUCUGAUCUACCAGGGCCGCGUCCUGCAGGACGAGCGACGCCUCAAGGAAUACAGUGAGGGGGUGUUUGGGGGGGGAUUUGGGAGUCCUGGGAGUGAGCACUGGGGGGUCUGGGGGUCUGGGGGUCUGGGGGUGGCAUUGGGGAUCUGGGGGGCAUUUGGGGGUCCUCCCCAGGUCUCUGACACCCCCCCCCAAUGCCCCCCCAGAUGUGGGGGCAAGGUGAUCCACCUGGUGGAGCGGGCGCCCCCCCCCGCGCAGUCGCCCUCCUCGGGGGGUCCCUCGGGGCUGGGGUCCCCCCCGGCCCCCCAAAACGGGGGGGGCCCCCGCGGCCCCGACCGCAACGCCAACAGCUACGUCAUGGUGGGGACCUUCAACCUUCCGAUCGACGGCUCUUCGGUUGACGUCCACAUCAAUAUGGACCAGGGCCCUGCCCAGAGCGAACCCCGCAUGCGGCUGCUGGUGGCGCAGCAUCUCCUGCACGACAUCCAGGGCAUCCUGAGCCGCCUGGAGGGCAGCAAUGGGGCUCGGUCUCCCCCUGAGGCGCCCCCGGAGGCCCCCCCGAGGCGGCCGCCCCCCCCGAGGAUCGUAUGGAGCCCCCCGAACCCCCCCGAAUCUGCGUCGGCGGGCAGCGAGGAGCCCCCCCAGCCCGGCCCCGAGCCCCCCGCGGCUCCCGAGGCCGCUGCCAGCCCCCCCUCGCCGGCGGAGCUGGGGGAGCUGCUGGGCGAGCUGCGGCGCCUGGAGGAGCGGCUGGAGCCCUUCCGGCUGCGCUUCCGACAGAUCCUGAGCAGCGCCGCCACCGCCGACUACAAUAACAACACCGAGGGCCGCGAGGAGGCGCAGCGUGUGGUGAACCUGGUGGGGGAGGCGCAGCGGCUGCUGGGCAACGCGCUGGUGGCCGUGUCCGAGCUGCGCUGCAAUCUGGGGGGGCCCCCCCCGCGCCCCCUGCAGCUCGCCCGGCCUCUGCCCCACUACGGGCCCCCCAUGCUGCUGCAGCAGGCCGCCAUCCCCAUCCAGAUCAACGUGGGGACGACGGUGACGAUGACAGGGGGCAAUGGGGCACGCGCCCCCCCUGCUGACAGCCCCCCCCCCUUCGGCCCUCCCCGGCCCCCCAAACCCCCUCCGACCCCCCCGAGGGGCCCCCCCCCGCCUCCCCCGGGGCCCCCCCCGGCCCCCCCCGCCCCCCCCCGCCUGAUCCGCAUCGCACACCAGACCGUGGAGCCGCUCGUCAUGAUGCACAUCCAGGACUCGGCCUCACAGGCGGGGGGAGGGGGCAGCGGCCCCCCCGGACCCAGCGUGGGGGGGGGCCCCCCCACAGCUGCCACCGCUGCCCCCCGAGUUCCUGCAGGCCGUGGCCCAACAGAUCACGCAGCAGGCAUUGGCGGCUGCAGGCCAGGCCGUGGGGGGGGUUCCAGGCUCCGGCCCGCGUGGUCAUCGCCCGCCCCACGGCGCCCGCCCCCCGCCCCACACAUCCCGGCGCCCCACAAGCUGCUGCUGCCCCUGCCGCGGGGGGGGGCGUCGCUGGCGCAGGCGAUCAGUGGCCUCGUGGGGCAACUCCUGAUGCAGCCCCUGGUGCUGGCCCAGGGCUCCUCGGCUGCUCCGGCCCCUCCUCCCCCCGCCGCCGCCCCCCCUCCCGGCUCGGGGCCCCCCCCCCCCCCCCCCGGUCCAUGGUUCGAUGCCACUCAGGGCGCCCCCGCCCCCCCCACGGAUGCCGCUGCCGCCCCCCCCGCCGCGCCCCCACCCUCGGACACCACCACCCCCCCCCUCCUCCUCUGCCGCAGCCCCUCCCCCCGGCGAGGAGCCCCCCCCGUCCUCGUCACCCCCCCCUGCCGCUGCGGGGGAGCCAAUGCCAGGAGUGGGGGGGGUCCUCGUGCCGGGGGGGCCCCCCCGGAGGCGCUGCCCCCCGAGUUCUUCACCAGCGUGGUGCAGGGGGUGCUGAGCUCCAUGUUGGGGCCCCUCGGGGCACCGCCCCCCCCGGCCCCCCCCGAGAGCAUCGCCGCCUUCCUGCAGCGCCUGAGCGGAGCCCCCCCCCUGCUGGAGGGGGGGCAGGGGCCCGACGGGUUCCUGGGGGCGCUGCUGGCGCUCAUCUGCCAACACCUCUCGAUGGUGGAUGUGGUGCUGCUGCUGCACGGGCGCUGCCAACCCCUGCAGAGGCUGCAGCCGCUGCUGCGGCGCUGCUUCCGGCAGCGCUUCCUGGGGGGGCGGCAGCCCACCGACUCCAACGUGCGGGCGGCGACGCAGGCGCUGGUGACGGGUCUGGAGGAGUUCAUCCGCGAGAGCUUCGCCGGCGUCCGUGUGGCCGAGGGCGUCGACAUCACCCGAACCAACGUGGAAUUCCUGCAGGAGCUCUUCAAUCGCAUCGCUUUGCACGUGCUGCGCUGCACCGACGGGUCCUUCGGGCCGCGGCUCCUCGAGCUCUGUAACCGGGGGCUCCUCGAGUGCCUCGCCCUGAACCUGCUCUGCCUGCGCGGGGAGCGACAGGCGCUCGGCGCCCUCAUCAGCGACCGCAUCCGGCGGCUGUCGGCGGACGCAUCUCCGGCGCUGGUGGCGUGGCUGACGGCGCUGGUGGGAAUGCGGCUGCAGGCGGUGCUGGAGCAGAUCCCGGUGCCCCCCGAGCACGUCCUGCCCUACGUGCGCCGCCUCGGGGAGCCCGCCCCACACCAGGUGGUGCCCGAGGAGCCCAUGGAGGUGGAGCCGGAGCCCCCGGAGGAGGCGCAGCGCGAGGCCGCCGGCUCCCCCGCCCCCGCCACCACCGCCGAGGAGGCGCUGCCCCCACCCCCGGGAGAGGAGUGGGCGGGGGCUGUGCCCGCCGACUGGGUGCCCAUCAUCCGCGAGGACGCUCAGCGCCAGCGCAAGAUGAAGGCGCAGCCGCCGCUCAGCGACGCCUACGUCAGCGGUGCCCCCGCCAAGCGCCGCAAGACCUCGCAGGCCGAGGGGCCGCCGCUGCUGUUGGCCGAGGCCGUGGGUCGCGCCGCCCGCGCUGCCGGGGUUCGUCCCCUCGGACCCCCCGAGAGCCUCAGCCGCGACCUGAGCGACGGCACCUUACAGGAGGGAUACCGGCAGCAGGUGUGGGGCGGGGGGGGCACCGGCGGGUGGUUGGGGGGCUGUGGGGGGGCUCUUCAGGCAGACCUCGGGCGCCGCCUGCGGGAGGACCCCGACUUCUCCCCCCGGCGCUUCCCCAGCGCCCAUCGCGCCUUCGCAGCCGCGCGCCCCCCCGCGCCCCCUCCGCAGUAA